AUGGCGGGAACUUAUCCUUAUUCAAACAAUGGAUGGAAUGACGACGACAGGAAUGCUUUUCGCCAACGCGAUGAUGACGCUACCAGCUCUAUCCAGAGGAGAAGAACUCGUCUUUUGUACAAUGCUAUGCGAGAUGCAGAAGACGAGGAUAAUCGGUCCUUGUCAAGUGGACGCCCGGGAUCGUACGGAAAUGAUGGCACUCCGUUGACAGGAUCUGUAAAAAAAGAGAAAACCUUUCUGGAUAAGGCGGCUGCCAUUUCCCCUAUCAUCGGAGCAUUCCGCACUUAUACGCUCAGAGACAUGCUCAAGGAUUUCCUGGCUGGGAUGACCAUCAGCUUGGUGUUGAUUCCUCAAGGAAUCGGGUUUGCCAUCUUGGCCGACAUCAACGUAUACCACGGUAUUUUGUCCGGUAUAUUCCCAGUUUUUAUCUACGCCUUCCUCGGAGGAGGAAAGCAUCUUUCUGUUGGGCCUGAGGCUGCAACGACCGUGGUUUUGGCCGAAACGAUUCGAUUUGUGAGGGAGGAACAUCCAGAGUUGAAAAAUGCAGACACAUAUCAGAUUGCAGCUCUGAUCACCAUCUUGGUCGGUCUGAUCGACGUCAUCUUUGCCGUCCUCCGACUCGGGUUCCUUAACAAUAUGCUCUCUGGAUCGCUACUGAUCGGAUUCGUCGGUGCCCUGGGCACCUUGAUCAUAGCUGAACAGCUUGCACCGUUGACCGGCAUCAUCAAGCCCGAGGCUGAGCUAUCCACAAUGGAAAAAUUCCGCCAUUUCUUUAUGCACCUUCGCGACAUUCAUCCGGGCACAAUCAUUGUUGGUCUCGUCGGAAUUGCAUUCUUGCUGGGGAUGCAAGUGUUGAAGGGAAAAGUCAAGCACCCAAUCGUGCAAAAUAUGCCAUCCGUUCUGAUUCUCGUCGCCGUGAUGAUCAGCGCAAGUGCAGGCGUUGGUUUCCAGGGUAAGGGCAUUUCGACCCUGGGAGAAAUCACGUUGAAAUUCCAGCCGCCGCGGUUACCCGACGUGCCCUUCUCGAUCAUCCCCACCUUGAUUCAACCGGCCAUUACAAUGUCAGUUGUUGGAUUUAUUGAAACGAUGGUGGCUGCCAAUGCAUUUGCCAACAAGCAUGACUAUCAAGUGUCAGGAAACCGGGAACUAGCUGCUCUUGGCGCAUGUAACGUAUUCGGAGGAAUGCUUGGAAGUUAUACAGUCAUUGCAUCUUUUGCUCGUUCCAAGAUCUACGAAGCUGCAGGAGCAAGGACUAUGAUAGGAGGACUGUUUUCUGGGGGUUUCGUUCUGGCCAUCUACGUGCUCCUUUUGCCAGUACUCAAAUUCUUGCCCCGUGCAACUGUCGCGUCGAUCCUUUUCGUCGCUGGGUACAAUCUGAUUGAAUGGUUUGAGAUCAUGUUCAUCAUCCGUAUGGCAAGCGUUCGCGACGUAGCGUAUCUUGCUAUCGCCUUCCUCGCGUCAGUGUUUGUCAACACAGAGGUAGGCCUCAUGGCCUGUAUCCUCCUGUCGCUUAUGACCCUGCUCAAGAAGAGCAGCAAGCCGGAAAUGGCUGUUCUUGGUGCAGUCCAAGAGGGGAAAGACGUUGUGUACCGCUCAAUUGAAGAAUAUCCCAACGCACAGACCAAGGAUGAGAUCAUGAUUAUUCGUGUUCUUUCCAGUUUGAGGUUCUACAAUUCGAGUCUCCUGCGGGAUCGUCUUGCUCGCUUGGAAAAGCAGACUCGUGCACUUGCUGAAUCAUAUGGAAAGGGUCCCAACCCGAUUCAAGAAUUUGUCUUGGACAUUGGCCUAUGUCGCGAAAUUGACUCUACGGGUGCCCUCGUUUUGUACGAACUGAUCCAUUCUCUGCAUCACCGCCAUGUUCGCGUUUGCUUUGCCAACGUCAAGAAGCAACACCGCGCGGCCUUCAAGAAUGCAAAGAUCACACAAGAAAUUGGAGAGGACCGUCUUUACGAGACUCUUGAUCAAGCAGUUAUUGCCUCGCGUAAUCGGCUAACGGGACCUGGCUAUCGCAAAGGGGGUGCAGGCCCCGAAAUUGUAAAGAUUGACAUGGCCUACCCACCACCGGCCGCAUACUGAAUGCAAG